UUUUGAUAAGGUGAGCUAAUAAACUUUACAAUUUCAAUUAAAAAGGAUUUUGAAGACGAAUCCAAAGGUCGCAGGAAAAUAGGGCGAUGGAGAAGGAGGCGAGGCCUAAAGUGGCGGUGGUGGUGUUUUUGCUUAAAGACAAAAAGGUGCUUUUAGGGCGGCGCCACUCUAGCGUCGGCCGCGACACCUUCGCUCUGCCCGGCGGCCACCUCGAAUUCGGGGAGAGCUUCGCGGAAUGUGCGGCGAGAGAGGUGAAGGAGGAGACGGGGCUACACAUACAAAAUAUCGAAUUCCUAACUGCGACCAGCAACGUCGUAUCCGAUGCUCUGCACAUCGUCGCGAUAAUGAUGCGGGCGGUUCUGGCUGAUCCGGAUCAGAUCCCGCAAAAUCUGGAGCCGGAGAAGUGCGAGGGAUGGGAUUGGUACGAUUGGAACGAUCUGCCGCGGCCGCUGUUUGGGCCGUUGGAAGCCAUGGCUAGCGGCGGAUUUGAUCCCUUCUCCCGCCUUUUUUAGCUUAGCGGAAUUGGUUUAGAUUUUAGAAUUACUACGAUGUUCAUCAAUAUUUUCUCUACUGUGCUCCGGUAUUUGCCGGAGCCCUACUCCCACUGUUACAAGGUGUUUCUUGUAAAAAGAAAAUAAAGUAAGAGUUUCUUAAUUA